AGAAUGUUAAAUGCAAAUGUGGGAGAAUUAUGGACAAGAACAUAUGCAAGGAAAAAAAAGAUGAGGCUGCAAGACCUGAAGGAGAUGGAGGAGUGUUUGUUUGCGGAACGGCCAAGUUAAUGGUAACCGAUGAUUUGCAGGUAGAGCCCAUAUCUCCAGCUAAUAUUGUGACACUGUUGCACAAACUUGGGGUCAAAGAUAUGAGUUCCCUCCAAGAGACCACACUGAGUAUUGGCUUAGAGGAGAUUUUGAAUCUGCUCAAGGGAUCGUUAUUAUCCAAGACACCUCUGACAGAUGUGUUUCUUAAAAAGCAAGCAUUUGCAUCUGAUGAAGGUUUAAAAUAUGAGAUAGGAGAUGAAGUGCAGUCUAAGAGUAGAAGAUCUCCACUAGAUAUGACUAUGAAGAUAACGAUGAGCAAGUCAAUGAACAAAGCAUUAUAUGCUGAAGCUGGGGAAGAUAUGGUUAAUUUUCUCCUCAGCUUCCUUUCCUUGCCCCUUGGUUCCAUUUUACAGCUCUUGGAUGGGAAUUCAUCACUGGGAUCCAUGGACAACUUGUACAAGAGCGCGGAAUGUUCAAAAGUUAUGAAGGAUGAUAGUCUAAGGAACCUGCUUCUGCAUCCCGGGCUCACUAGUGCUUCCUACGUACAACCCACUACAAGUAAAUGA